AUGCCUCCUCUCACUAGAAAACGCAAGGCUCUAGAAGCCGCAGCACAACAGGCUCCAGUACAGACACAACCGGAGACCAAGCAGUCCGUCGAAGAACCUUCUUCAAAACGUCAGAAACUAACUGAUCCGUUCAAGAGGAUCGAUCCCUUCCGCCCCCAUUCUCCCCCUCCUAAGACUGUGAUUCGCCGCCACAGCCUGGCAACCAAGUUAAAACAACCGUUGCCAGUAGUAUUCUUUACUAUACCAGCAACCAACCCUUCUAACCAGGUUUCUGCUAGGGGUCGGAGCAGCAACGAUUUGAACACAAUAAUGCUAACUAAGUCUCUAUUCGAGUACGCAGACAAAUAUGGCGCUGCUGCAUUGCCUACCAAGGAGGCCCUUAACGCCUGGUUAGAAGAAAAUAAAGAUAUCUUCAUCCAGGCUCGAAAAGAGGGGUAUCAUCAGCAAGUCACUUCAGCACAAUCACCACAAAAUCCACCUCGCGCUGCGACUCAACCUGGUGUCUUCCUUGAGACGGCAGCCCCCCAACAUAACCCUGCAGCCAGACAUCAUGCCCCCCAGCGGCGCGCCGUCCCUGCUACUAACCGAAUAAUUAUCUACAGGGCAAUCCGCACCGCUCGCCACACUGCGGCUCAUAUCUUGAGUCAAGCUGCUGCAAUCCUUGAGGGCCCAGCGGUAGAACUAGGCAUUAUGCACGAGGGAGGGCAGCAGAUUCAGCAGCAGCCGACGCCCGUAGAGGCGAUAACAGUUCAUGGCGAAGAAAAUAAGAGAGAAGACGACGUUGUCCAAGAAAAGGAAAUAACCGCAGUCAAAAAUAAAACAGAGCCCAUCCGGGUCAGACCAGUGGCACCGCCGUUAGACACGCGCUUCUUUCAUCCAAAUGGCCAGUUGCAGUCCGUGUAUCGGUAUCUGACAGCGCAAAUCCCACUACCAAGACAAUGGGUGCGAUGGGCUCUCAAUAACGGAAUCAACAAAGUGCCAGGGCGCGGAGAUAUCCGCGAGCCCGGGGUGUAUGUCGCAGAGGACACAUUCGACUACGAUGCCCUGUUUGAGGCGGUUCACCGUGGUUGUUUCCGGACCGGCCGGUUCGAGAUCGACGGGUUUAGCGAGUACUGGCCCAUGGUACGAGGACAUAGAGACAGUACGACGGUAGAUCUAGCCUUGCAUCACCUCCCGGCUCACCUAUCGUCGCUCGAGCGUACGGAGCUUGAUGAGAAAGAAGUACAGAAGUCAAAUACACCAACGCCAGAGCCCGCUCCCGUAUUAGAGACAGGGAUAGAGGCACAGAUCGUCUUCGCCACCCCGGCCGCCGCCCGCGAGACCUUCUUCCGAAACGAGUUCCAGCCCACUUUGGUGAUUAUGGACGAGAACGCGCGCAUGAGAGAGCUCACCACCGUCAUGUGCAUCUCUUCUUUCCCUACGGCCAAGCUUCUUCAUGCUGCUCGGGGAUCCUCGACAGCUACCGCCAUUAGCAACAACAACAGUGGAGACAUAACGGCAAUUACGCUCCAACUAUAAGUUGGAAGAACUAGCUGCUUAGCGAAUUAGCUUACCCAAUGAUGCUUGCGCCACGCGGCCCGGAAAAGGUCAAAUUGGACUCAGAGGAUUAUCCGACAACCGUGCCAUGGCUUAAGGCAUACAUUGCCUUGAGACGGUACUUUGACCAGCGAAAGAACCGCACGUCUAACUAUCACGGCAAAGGAGCCGUCCUAGUAGCUGCGGUUUCCUAUGCACACCAUUCAUGGAUAGGGAAACAAUGCACCUUGUGUAUCAUAGCAGGCGUACCUGACAACAUACCUGACAACAUAUAUGGUGUUAAAGAUAUUAUGGACAAUGUCAGCAACGACGCGUAGUGGCGAUAGUCCCUUUGACGCGGAUAUGGCCAAUCCUUACGGAUGAGUCUAUACCAUACCAUCUAAUUAGGACGG